AUGUCUCGUACAGGCGAAAGCUCCUCAGGAUCAUCCUCCGACAAGACCAUAAAACUGUUCGGCUUCGAACUCAUCAGCGGUAACCGUUCGCCGGAAGUCACCACGGCGGAUAGUGUGAGCUCUUCAACGAACAAUACGACGUCGCUUGUACUCAAAAGACUAGAGUGCCAAUAUUGUGGCAAAGAGUUCGCAAAUUCUCAAGCAUUGGGAGGCCACCAAAACGCUCACAAGAAAGAGAGGCUAAAGAAAAAGAGGCUUCAGCUUCAAGCUCGACGAGCCAGCAUCGGCUAUUAUCUCACCAGCCACCAACAACCAAUAACGACGUCAUUUCAAAGACAAUACAAACCGCCGUCAUAUUGCGCGUUUUCUUCCAUGCAUGUGAACAAUAAUCAGAUGGGUGUGUUCAACGAGGAGUGGUCGUCGAUGUCGUCGCAGAUUAGCUUCGGUAAUAAGGACACAUGUCAAGAUCUUAAUGAGCAAAGUGGUGAGAUGGGCAAGCUGUACGGUGUACAACAGAACAUGAUUCAGUUCCAGAGAGAUCUGUCUUCUCGUUCUGGUUCGAAGAGAGGCAUUAAAUCGCUGGAUCUUCAUCUGGGGUUUUCCGGAGAUACGGCGUAA